AUGGAUGUGAAAUAUAAAAAGAUUGAAAAUUAAACUGAGCCAGAAUAAGAUGAGGAUUUGCUAUAGUCUAAAGACAGAGAAUUUGAUGAACUUAUUUCCACAUAUCAAGUGAUUUGUUAGGACCCUAAACUAUCUAAGAGUCGGUAAUUCCAGCAGGCUUUAAAAGUUUGUGAAGAAUAGAUCCUAAUCUUGAGAUCAAGAAAAUUAUCAUAUGUCGAAAGAUUAUAAAGUAUGAUAAGUGAUCUGAGAAUAGACACUUAAGAUGUGCAAACUGAUGAUGAAAACUAGAUAAAUGACAAAAAUACCAGAUCUAGUCUUAAAUAUCAAUUUGAUCUGUACUAAGAUCAGAUAUUGUAAAUCGACUUGCUAUUCGGCUUCAAGAGAAGCAAAGUAGUAGAUACUUAAAUCAGCAGGCAAUAUCUGGAAAGCCUUUUACAGAUAAAGGAAGGAAUCAGAUUUAUCUGUGACGAGGAUACAAUCUCGGAAAAAGUCCUUGAAUAAAUAUUCCAAUCUUAAUACUCUAAGAUUUUGAUUAUGAUAAAAACUGAUAAGAACUAUAGAUAUGCUAUUCAUUAGACUAGUUCUAUAGUAAGACUGAUAUCAAUCACACAUUAAACUAUUCAUGAUUUAAAAUCUGAAAUGCAAUUUGAAGAUAACAAUUUGCUUAGUUCAUAGAUUAAAACUAGUGACUAGCAGAGUCUUCUUAUUUAAGUUGGGUUAUUCAAAGAUGUUAAAAUAUACAAAGACUUGGCUAGUAAAAUACAUGAAGCAGCUCUUGGAAUGUGCUUUGAAAAUUCAGGUAAAGCAAAUAAUCUGAGUGACUAUGAGUAUCUCGGAGGUGACUAAUAGUUUGCUAUUGAGAAUAUAGAAGUGUAUCAAUUAUAUUGA